UCAUUUUGUUUUUAUAGCACUUCGAAUUGAACUUGGGGCCCUGCCCUUUCUUGGCAAGUGCUCUACACUGAGCCACACCCCAGCCCUUUAUUGUUGUCUACCAUCCUCUCAGAUGCUGGAAAUUGAAAUGGAAGAUAAAGUGACUAGUCCAGAGAAAGCUGAAGAAGCAAAGUUAAAAGCAAGGUAUCCACACUUGGGACAAAAGCCUGGAGGUUCCGAUUUUUUAAGGAAACGAUUGCAGAAAGGGCAAAAGUAUUUUGAUUCUGGGGAUUACAACAUGGCAAAAGCAAAGAUGAAGAACAAGCAGCUUCCUGCAGCAGCCCCAGAUAAGACAGAGGUCACUGGUGACCACAUUCCCACUCCACAGGACCUUCCUCAGCGGAAACCAUCCCUGGUUGCUAGCAAGCUGGCUGGCUGAUUAAAAGAGCUGAACUGCAUGAGUCUUCUAAUGUCCUUUAUUUCUCCUUACUACGUUACUUACCCACUUUCUGUUUCCUUUCACUCACUAUGUCAUUUGAGACUGACAGCUUUGCAGGUAGUGGUAGUAUGUGCUGCUGUUGUAAGGGAGCAUACAUGUGUAGAGGUUUCGGUUAGUUUAACAGUGCACUGAUGCAAAGGACAUGUAACAGCAACUUAAGUUACGAUAAUUGUACAUAUUACCUAGCUGGUAUAGGGCUGGCUCCAACAAGUAGCAAGCAAGUUCUACAGCUUUAAUGUUCUGGCUUUCCUUACUUCCUCGUAAUUAUAGCUUUGUAUGUUACUCUUAUUUAAUAGAACCUCAGUUGUAUUGAUUUCUUCUGUAUUUUCUUUCCUUUUGAAUUUUGUAAGACAGAAGCUUAAGACCACAAGUUGGAAGACAAGUCACAUAAUUCAGACACAAGUAAAUGGGCUGCAAAAGAUUUUGAAUAACUACUUGGACUUGACGGCCUUAAACCUGCUGUUCCAGCUUUAACAAGAGCAUCUUACCUGGGCGAUAUUUGCCCGUUCUGAUGUGACUUGUGUGACUCCAAUGCUUAUCAGCUGUCGUUGAAGCUAGUGCUCUUCCUGGGUUCUGCAGUGUUGGGACAGCUUUCUUUGUUGAAGACAUGAAUGGGUGUGCAUGUGCACUGACUAUUGCAUUCACUUUUGUGCCAUUUUUGUAAAUACAAUAGUUUUGCACAACCUUUUACAAAUGUCUGUAUUAAUUUCACCAUAUUAGAAAGUAGAUAAUGUGCCAACCAGAAGCACAAGACUUCCUACACAAAUCUGCCCACCAUUUCUGCUUUUGUAUAAGAAUAGUUUACAAUCAUGAGCUUAUUAGAAUACCAAACUGAAAUCUACUCAGCCUGAUACAGAAUUAAGCGUUUUCAUUUGUUACUAAUAUUCAUGACUUUCAGUGGCCUUGUACAAAUAUGAUAUGUUGCUUAGGCAUAUCUUUUGUUCUAUGCAGAACAUUUCAUUUUGACUCUUACAAAACAUUACAAUUCAUAUAAUUUAUAUAAACUUUCUUAAUGUAGAAACUUUUUACUUCCACACUCAACUUUGGGGAUACUAAAGUUAAAGGCUUGCAUUCUCUGCCUUCUAUAUUCUUCUCAACCCCCAUCUUCUCUUACUUUGCUUCUGUGACUUGUGUUGGGCUGUCCCAUUUAUAACAGAAUAUACAUGUCUAUCUUUACUUUUUAAACUUCCUUAAAUAAAAGGAUUUUUGUGAGGGAUUUUUGUUAUGCUGAGGAUCAAACCACUGUCUUCAAAGUGCUUACCAAGCACUGUACCAUGGAACUACACUCUUAUUAUCCCUAAGCAAGCUUUAUAAUGAAGCAAGUAGUUGAAAAGAUUGGUCUAGGAAACCAUGUCGGCAUAAGCUGAAUUCUGGUAAAUAAUUUUAAAUAAUUAGGAUGAACUAGGAGAAUUGGGCUUCUAAUAAUUACAGGGAUUUACGUGAUAGGUAAAACAUUAAAAUAUUUAGGUAUCUUCUAUACUUAUCAUUUUAAUAAAAUAUCAGUUUACUUUUUUGGGGGUUUAUGUGUUAGUGAAAGCAUUAGCACACAUUAUUGGGGCACAUUUACUAUUCUCUUAGAGCUCUUACCCCAAGAUGUCUGGCCUGGGGGAAGCAUAUUGAGCCACAGCAGCCUGAGCUGAUAUUGUUCUUUCCCUUCAUCUUGGUCUGAGACGACCACUAUGGAAUCCAGGCAUCGUUUUUUAUGGUGACUACAUUUAUGCACCUGCUCUCCUAUGGCUCCACACUAGUGAUUAGUCCUGCUCCAUUCAACCUGAAAGGCAGAAAACGCACUCUACACUCCGAAUUGGUAAUUUAACAGCUCAGUUCUAUGUAAAUGUAUUUGUAAUGAUCAAAUGGAUUAUCCUGUAGUCACCAUAGGAUUGGUAUCUAGUUGUUGUUGUCGUCGUGGUCCCCCCAUGGAUAUUUGCAAGCCCAUCACCAUUAGGUUUAAACAUUAGGUGAAUCUGAAAUCAGAGUGACCAUGCUUUUCCUGACCACCAGACUCAGUUAAUGACAAAGUGAGUAACACCUGCUUGAGUUUUGAUUUGUAAAAUAGGACACUGAUAUUUAACCUACCUCAAGACUUGAGGAUCUGUGAAAUACUAAGUGCCCCAAAUAAAAUAUCACUAUCAAAAGUAAGUUUCCUCACUAAACCAACCUGCCUUCUAUAAAGUAGCAGUGCUUAAAUAAAAUCUCAGGAUUUUCCACAAGGAAAGACCUGUUACGGAGUUACACGGACAGCUGCAUAGCUUCUCUAGUAAGGAUUUGUACGGAUAGCUGCAUAGCUUCCAUUAUUGGUGCUUGAGAGAAGUUUUACAUUUUCCUGUGUUUUGUUGUGCUUCAAAGCUCAGUUUAUUGUAAACAUUUUUGCGGGCUCUUUGGUCAUCAUUUAGUGAAGAUUUUGAUUAGAUGAGCUUAAUUGUUCAUUUCUAUGUCAAAAUUGUGUCUAAGGAAUGGCUAGUUUUAAUGUUAGAGUAAACUGAAGUUGGUAAAAUACUAAAGGCAAACUGGCUAAAGUUUAAGUCUGUUUUUUCAGUGGCUCUUACGAGAAUAUCUUGAAAGCUACAUCUGACUAACAGUUGUGGCUUGUGUCUAGUUGGAGUAGCAUUUGGAUCUAUUGGAGGGGGCAUGUUUGUAGUCGACAAGUUGUUAGAUAAGUUUGUAUUGCUGAUCUGGAAACAUGUCCAAACUAUUCAAGGCAGUCAUGACAAGGCCUCCACUUGUUAUUACUUCCAUAGUUAGAAUUAGUUGCUUAACCAAAGUAUACCUCUGAGUAUUGGUAGUCAUUACUAAGUGAGACUUGUAUUCUUAAUCUAAAUAUCACAAAGUCUUGUCAAAACUGAACCAUUAACCCAAACUCUGCUCUAAACUUAGUAUUGGAUGGUCAGAAGCAGGUAGCUUGUAGGAAGAGCAGUUCUGAGUGGUUACCAAGGCCUUCUCUGUGAUAGCCUCAUCACAUCCCCCAACGUUCAAACUCACGACUUCAUUGUAACCCAUUUCCAUCACCAUGUUUGUCAUUGAAGCCCACUGUAAGCACUUAACUUUCUAAAGCACCAUCUUGAUCUACUUGGCAUCUACUGCCAGUCUUACCCGGGUCUCUUUCUCCAACUUCUCACUACAACUUUUAGAAAUUGUGAUCAAAGGAACUUGUAGUGGCUCAUCUAGAGGUGAUAAUUGGAUACUGUUAACUAGUUGAAAUUUUUUAAGUAGGUAGACUUAUGGGUUUCAAUUCUAUAAAUUACUUGUGGUGGUGACACCCAUUCAUGUAUGUUUAUGUGGUAUUUAUCAACUAAAUAGUAGUAGAAAUCAUCUCACUCUAGUACCAUGCCCUCCAAUCUGUCACUGCAUCUCCACCAUUUGAUAUGCAAUAGGACACUGCCUAUAUGCAAAGGGCCAACAUAAAUGCCUUUUCUUGUUAAAGAUGUCUGUAGAGUUGGCAGUUAAUGCUGAAGUUUGUCAAAUAGCCCUUCCAAACUUAUACUUGUAAAAUACACCCAAAAUAAAUGGACCUACCUAAUUUUUAUUGAUUUUAA